AUGUCCUCCUGGAGAGUCCUGACCUCCCUGUGUCUCAUCCCUGAGACCGAAAAGAAGACGACCUGCGAAGGCCCCAGUUCUCGGAAUAUCUCCUUCUAUCACCUCAUGUGCUUGGUGGCCAAAUCACAGGGUUACCCUCCUGAAGGUGUCCCUCCUGAAGAUCAAACUCCUAAUUAUCUUUUCUUUCUUUCUUUCAUUACAGGCUGUAAAUAUGAAACUGUGUGCGAACUUUAUCGUCCGGAAUCUGCUGUGGCUGCAAAGACAACAACACCAAUCACAACAGCGACAUCAGCGACAUCAGCAGCGACAUCAUCGUCACUUAACACAACACCAGCAGCGCCGACAACAACAGCACCACCACCAUCAACACCGGCACCAACAACAACAGCAUCACCACCAUCAACACCGCCACCAACACCGACACUAGUACCAGUAACAACCACAGACAAACAUGAAGGAGGAAACGCUAACAGCAGCACAGGCACAAGGGAAUCCACGAACACGAAGGUCAUGUGUUUGUUAAUCAUCUCCGUCACCCUGAACUUCGUGCUGCCGCUGGUUGUCUUCCUCUUCAUGCGCCAGAGGACACAGCACAGGACACAGAACCCGCCUCACCAGGAUGAAUCCUCCGUGUUGGAUGAAACCUGCGAGGAUCCAGAUCCUCUUCCACUGAUCCAGAGCACAACCAAGCCAGACGUCCACUCGCCCUCAGCUGAUACACCCAGGAACCCAUGCACUGCUGGAAACGGAUUAGGGUCACAUUAAGCCCCGUACUCACAACUUUGUAAAUUGUCACUAUAAAAGAGCCGUGGGAAGAAACACAGGACGGAUCAGCUCCACGCAGGACUGAGUGACUGUGGUAUGCCACUGCCUUUCAUGGAGUAGAAACUGUGACUGGAGCACUCACCCCCGGACAUGAGGGGGAGUGGGCGGGCCACGGCAUGUCGCUUCCCAGCUGCACAGCCAGACGAGCUCCUGCACGACCUCAGGCGCAGCCAAACGAGGGGUCGAGAGGAUUGCUUCAGAGCAGAACAGGUUUGACUGUGAGCUGGGGUUUGUGAGAAGCAGGAGGAAACAAGACGACUCCAACCUGUAUUAUAAUUACCCUCGAAACAUUUCAGACGCCUGAAGUCUCACCAGAUGCUUUGUGGUUUGGUCGAGCUUCAUUAGAAUCAGAGCUGCAGUCCCACUGGCAGCCUUUAAGAUGAAUUAACAAGAAUGUGAUGUGAUAUCAAGGCUACUACAGCUGGCCCUGCUAACCACUGUCACCUGGGUAAUAACCUGAUAUUAAUCUGUAAAUCACAGUGUUGAGAUUAUAAAUGUGCACCGUCCAGCAGCUCUGGAGUCAGCGUCUCACCUUCAGUACCGUUGUGCAUCAGCUUCCAUCCGGCACCGUCCAGAUUUAUAAUAAAUCAUUUGCAGGACGAGUGAACUGCACCACUGGUCACAGGUUUUUUCCACUGCAUGCACUGGUUUUUAACGAGCUAUGCUAAGCUAGGUCUAGUGUUAAAUAUAUACAACCACUUGCGCAGUAUUGUACUUUCAGAGUUAGUGUGGCUGGUCCUCACCUUGUGACCCACUUUCGAUUGAGUGAGAUUUGCUUUUAGGGUUUGGACGGAUGGAUCGAUCCAGAGGUCGGUUCAGGGCCACAUCCCAUGAGUGGUGUCGUGCUUUUCAGAGCAGGUGUCAGGCUCUCAUCUUUACAUGGUCUUCAAAGCAGACAGGAAAAAGGAUCUUUCAUCACAGAUAUAAAUAUUUACCUUAUUGCCAGUAUUCUGUCGACUGAAUCUGAAUUUGUUUUAACGCGGUCUGUGUGGCGAGGCGUUUGGGGACAGUAGGGAAUGCAUCUUGCCACUGAGUGUCCUUCAGGUCUUGUGUGUGUCCAGGUCCGACAUUAUAGGGACUUGUCUUCCUAUAAUGAAGACCAAAUAAUGACAGUUUAAGGUUUAGUCUCCAGGAACAAAUGUAUGUCACUGUAAUGCCACUGAGGUGAUGGAGACAGACAUCGUGUUCUUAACUGUGUUUUCUGCCUUCAAGCUGCAGCAAUGACCUCACAGAUGAACCUCAAUCUAGUGUAUCCCACACUCCUCCGAUUGCAGCUGAUUAAUCUGCUGCAAUCUGAGAGAGUGGAUGGUUCAGCAGCAAGUCUCCAAAUGUGUCUCAGCAUGUUGUGCAUUGUAACCAGGACACUGAAGCUAUUCCUGGUUUGUAUUAUUUAACUGAACUGGGAUGUUUGUCUGUUUUGUAAAACUGUGAAGAAAUGCAUGCAUUGUGUACGUGUGUGAGUUUGUAGAUGUAUUCUGAUGGCAGCCGUUUUUGGGGAAAGCUUUCAAAUAUGCAUAUAUGAUAUUACUUAACAAAGAAAUGUUCCCUUCUUUGACAUUAAAUGAACAACAGGG